AUGACGUUAACGAAAUAUACAUUAUUGAUAAUCCACGAGAAAGAUAUUAAAUAUUGUUUAAAUUAUAUGGAAAAUGAUUGGAAAAAUGUUAAACGUAUCGAGGAAAGACAAAUAAUGAUCGAAUACGUUGAUUUUAGUCGUCGUUUGAUCUUAGUUUCUGCAGCUUUUGCAUUCGGUGGUGUUAUCAUUUAUCGUGUAACAAUUCCAUUGUUCUCACCAAAAAUUGUUGUUGGUAAUUUAUCAUUCAAACCAUUAGCCUAUCCAAUUUCCAAGGUAAUCAUGGAUACUCGUCAAAGUCCGACCAAUGAGAUUAUGAUUUGUUUGCAAUGUUUCGUUGGUUUGGUCAUGAGUGCAAUUACGGUUGGUUGUUGCAGUAUGUUAACUGUUUCAACUAUGCAUGCAUGUAGUCAACUGAAAAUUUUAAUGUCUUAUCUGAAUUAUUUGAUUACUGGACGAUCAGAUGAAAAUAAUAAUAUUGAGGAAAGAUUGAGUUAUUGGGUACAACGACACGUACGAAUUUUAAGUUUUGUAUCAUUUAUACAACAAUUUUUACAAAACAUUUCUCUCAUCGAAGUAUUAGGAUGUACGUUAAACAUGUGCAUGUUAGAAUAUUAUUUGAUCAUGGGUUUGAAAAAUGAUAGUUUGUUUCAUACGAUUACUUAUACGAUAUUAAUUAUAUCUUUUGCAUACAACGUUUUUAUAUUUUGUUAUGUUGGUGAAAUACUUAGCGAUGAGUGUAGAAAAGUAGCAGAAGUAAUUUACAUGAUCGAUUGGUAUCAAUUUGAAGGAAGAAAAGGAUUAAUUUUAAUAUUAAUCAUCGCAGUAUCGUCCUCAUCUUCGCACAGAUUAACAGCUGGAAAAUUUAUCGAAUUAUCUAUAAGCAGUUUUGGUGUAUUGGUAAAGACGUCAUUCGCAUAUUUGAACAUGCUUAGAACGUUGACUUCCUAA